UCAUACUAAUAAAGGUAGCUUUAAGGACUUCAUGCAUCAACUGACUUUGAAGUUUAAAUUAUUACUUUAACUUUAAAGUCACUAAAUUGUUUAAAGUUAAAUUAUUUAGUUACAUAUUAUGACCGAAGCGAAAGAAGAGGUUGCUGUUCCAAGAGACUUUUAUGAUUACAAGCGCUUACACAGUUAUCCUUUAAUAAAGCACUCAGAUAUGAAUGAAGAAAUGCGUGCUGAGGCAAUGGAGUUGUGUGUUACAGCUUGUGAAAAGUUUCAAAGCAAUAAUGAGGCUGCCGCUAAAAUGAUCAAAGAAAGUUUAGAUAAAAAGUUUGGAUCUCCUUGGCAUUGUGUUGUCGGAGAGAGCUACGGGUAUGAAAUUACUCAUGAACUUAAAAAUUUACUUUACAUGUUUUUUGCAGGAUCUUUGGCUGUAACAGUGUGGAAGUGUUCAUAAAAUUUGAAAUUUAAAUUAUGUAACUUGUAUAUACUUGUAUUUAUUUUGCAAUUUUAUUAAUGUCAUAUUAUAUUAUUCAAAUAUGUUUUCCGAGCUUUUUGUAGAAUUAAUAUUGUUUUUGUAUAUUAAAGCUACAUUUAUUAC